AUCGAAGUUCAAGCGAAUCGUAUAAAAGAUGUCAAACAUGUAUUUCCAGAAUUCGAUUUUACUUUAAACAAAGUUGAUGGAAUAGGUUUUAAAACCGGAAGCAACAAGGAAUUAAUAUUUAUUGAGAUUUCUGGUGGACCAGAAAAUCCUGUUGAAAAACAUGUUAAAGAAGACACGGAAAAGUUAAUUAAAGAGGCAAUGUUUGGCUUAAUUUCCCUUCUUCGCGAUUACUUAGAUAAAAACGCCGA